AUGUCUUCCCCCUUUCUCACUAUCCGAGGAGAUCAGAUUCCCCAGGAGCAAGUUCUUGGAAGCGGAGGCACUGCAGUAGUUCUGCUUGAAAAUGAAGUGGCCGUCAAAGUUCCGUUAAAAUAUUUUUGGAGCUCAGAUUCCGACGUCAGAGCGAACACCAAAAGCCUUAGACGUGAGCAAGACGUGUACCGUCGCUUGCAAUGCCCUGAUGAUGAACGUUCAGGGGGUGUUGUCCGCUGUAUUGGGUUUUCAAGCGAAGCUACACAACUUGCUUAUAUGACCAACGGGGACCUUCGGACUUAUCUGGCAAAAUGCCGGCCUUCUCAGCAGCUGCAGCUCACAUGGUUCCGCGAGAUGGCUAGCACACUUAGUUUUAUCCAUGACAGGCGCGUGCUCGUCGCAGACAUCGCCUGCCGAAAUUUCCUCCUUGAUUCAGAUUUAUCUCUUAAAAUCUGCGAUUUCUCAGAAGCCUCCCUCUUUCCAUUGGACUCUGAUAUGGACGCUGCGGAUGAUAAUGGCUUCACUACACGAGUUGACAUUGGUCUUCUUGGAGCGGUCAUGUAUGAAGUCGUGACUGGCAACAAGUGCGAGGUCGACCUUUUCAAGGACAACUCUCAUACUGACGGCCGAGCUCAUUGGCCAGAAAGAGAGUCCCUUCCAAGUACACAGGAUAUCUGGCUUGGUGAAAUUAUUGAAGGAUGCUGGGAUGGAAGGUUUCGCAGCGCGCGCAGUCUCCUGCGAGCGUUGAGUUCCGUCGCUUUACCCUUCUCAUCUGCGGUCGCUCAGCCUCGCAUCACUCAGCUCCUGGUCAAUAUCAGGAACGUGAUGAACUGUUGGCCCUUUGCGGCUAUUAUCGGUGGCCUGGGUUUGGCAGCCUUUGCUCUGGUCGUACGUAAAAAAGCACUCUUGAUGUCACGGGAUUGCCGUCUUUUAUUAUGA